AUGUCGCUGUUUAAUGUUCGAAGUUGGUGGUCCACUCAGUGCCCUGAUCUGGGUGAGCAAUACGAUGUGGCCAGUUUGUUGUGCGCUCGCUUUGGGCUGGAAACGCAGGAAAAGGACUACAUAAUAGUGGGCUCACAAACGGGACAGCUAAGCAUUUAUUACCCGCACAUGCAGCCACAGUCUCGUGGCAGUGGCAAUGUAUAUCAGGUCACAGAUCUGCUGCUGGAGACACAGCUCCACGAGCCCAUCCUUGGCAUCUAUGCGGGCAAGUUCAGCGGAAAUGUGCGCAAUGAGAACGUAAACCAGCUGGGUGUGCUCUUGCCCAAUGCCAUUGCCAUCUACAAUCUGCAAGUGAUGAGUGGCCUGGCGGAGCACGGAAGUCAGCUGCGACUGCAGCUCCAGGUGGAAUAUAAAUUCGAGCGUGUUGCCUUCUCCAUGUGUAAGGGACACUUCGGACAGGUGAAGGGACGCGAAUUCUUCUGUGUGGUGCAUCUGGAUGGCACGCUCACCUUUUACGAGCAGGAUGGCAUUGCCUACGAGUGUCGCUUUCCCGGUCAUCGAGCCCUUCCUGCUCCUGUCGCCUAUUGCGAACGCACAGAUAGUUUCUUUCGGUUCAGUGCCACCUGGCACUUGGAGUGCUAUAGCUAUCAGGAUCUGUCACAUUCUCUAAUCAGCAAGAGCAGCUACCAGCCCGCUUGGUCGCAGUGCAUUGGCGAGGGCGUGAUCGACAUGUGCGUUGUGCAGGUGAAACAAGACUCGUCGUUCAUCUUGAUUCUGGGGGAACGGAACUUCAUUAGCCUGGAUGACAAUGGAAAAUUCCAUUUUAUGCUGAAGCUGGAUUAUGCCCCCAAGUGCUUUCACAGCUUUGUCGUGGGCUAUUACUGGGAGCCAGGGGCUCGUCUAAUCAGCGCUUUAGUGUCCGACGCUGGGAAACUUUAUUUGUACGAGGAGGGAAAUAUAAUCUGGGCCGCACAGUAUCAGGACUAUGCUCCUGUAGCCAUAAAGCGAUCCAAUCUGAACAGCCUACCUGGAGGCAUAGUUACCCUUGGCCCCACAGGACAGCUGCAAGUGGGCUACCUUGGCUCUGAUCCUUUUCUCUUUCAAGUUCCGCCGCUCAAUGUUGAGGAAUUAAGCUUUGCCGAGGCGCACAAACAGCUACAACAGUUGGAAGAUGAAAUUAAAGAGGCUGUGGACAUCCAAGACAUGGACGCGGUGAAUCAGCAGGCAGCAGACAAUGUGCGCCUGAGUUUCAAGAUCCAACUAGAGGUGAGGGAUGACUUGGACACGUUGUUGUUGGAUGUGCCAGCUGAUGUGGCUGUUAGGGAGCUGCCAUCGGCCAGGGGUUACUUGAAGGUGAAAGUUAAAACAGAGCUAACCGAGCUCCAGCUGGUCUUCAAUACGCCAAAUGGUGUGCGUUGUAGCAAGGAUACGUUGAGCUUUGUAGACGUGCCAGGGGGAAAAACCUUCGAACUGGAGUUGGACUUUUACAUCGCCGAGCUACUUCACGUACACACGACGCAAGUGGAUGUAGUGGCGUCUUAUGUGAGCACGCGGGGCAUUCCACGUGUUAUACAACAAAAGGCGCAUCUGCCCUUGACAAUGUUCUACAAGACGUGCCAAGCCCAGAAAGCUGCCGGCAUUAAGUUAACCUACGCAAUUACAACUAAACACUUGGUGCCCAAGCUAAUCACGUUCUUCGGCGAGUUCCUGGAACCGAAUAGCGAGGUGCAUGCAUUGGGUCUGCAACUGUUGUGUCCUGGUCUAGAAAUGGUGCCAGAAACUAUCACUGUGGUAGCGGCAAAGAACUCGAAUCGUCUGAGAAUUCAAUCGGAUCAUAUUGAAGCGUUUCCCAUGAUACUGGAGCGUAUUGUUCAGACAACUCUGCAGUAUGACAAUGAAGCUGGACUGAUAAGAAUGGACAAAAAGAAGGCAAAGAAAGGCGCCCUUAACCGUAAUGUGGAGCGCAUCAUUGCUGCCCCCUUUCUACCCUCCCAACCUAUUCUGCAUCGCAUUGACAUACAUCGAGAAACCCAGGAGAAUAUAAGGAACCAAACGGAAAAAUUGGAUGCGCUAUGGCAACAGUUCAAAACGCUACAACGCAAAUUACAGGAGCAGUCGGAGAGUGAACCGAAAGAGACACUGGUAAUGCAAAUAGAAGAGAACUACGACCACCUCAUAUUGGAGGGAGAUAAAUUGGUCGAGAUACGCAAGGAGGAACGAAGAGAGCGGUGCGACCUCAACUGCGCCGUAUCAUUAGCCAAAUGGAUUAUUUAUGCCCUGAACUUGGAGGAGCGGGUUGUUAAUGUUGUGCUGUCAGUACUGAGUGUGCCCGCUGAGGACUGGACGGAAUUGAGCUGGGAGGAAUCGAUGGCACCUGGCAUUGAUAUGCUCCAUCAUUUUGGUCCACUCACACGUUCCAAAUCGACCUCCUCGACAUACGGCUUAUUGGAAGCCAGCACCACAACUCACGAUAGCUUCGACUACACUCGCUUUCGACGUCAUUUGGCCACACUCUUCGAUCGCAUAGUCCGUCUGGCCUCCAUGAAUGAGCCGAAGGCUGUGGUCGCAGAGCCAACAGCAGCUCCCGUGCCUGCAGAGCAGAGUCCGCUGCAGCAAGUUGAUGAAAUAAGCAACUUGCAACGUAUGAUGGGCGAGCCGGCAACGUCAUCCACGUCUACAUCGCGUGCAUCGAAGUCAACUGUUGGCACAACUCUGGAGGCUGUGGAGGACGACGAAGAUGAGUAUGAUGAGGAGGACCUACGAGAGGUCGGCUAUCGUAAGCACCAUGGUUCAGUGGAUCAGCAAGAGAACGGCUUACGGUCCCAGUGGGUCAACAAAGACUUCGACCUACCAACUAAUGAGGAGUUGUUCAGCGACUUGGGCAUUUGGUGGUAG